UAUCUCACCGGUCGACGCCUACCUACGCCGACGACGUCAUUGACGUCAGCUGGUGUUUUAAAAAACCGGUAAACUGCAGUAAUCACAGACCAGACGCCCUAUGUCAACACUUAUGCUGUAGAUAAACCUUUAGUCGGAGCCGGGGUGACCGAAGCGACCUCUGACCAUGUUACUGCUAGAACCGAACCAGACGCUGUGGUUAGCUAUGGGGAUCGUGGCGGCGAUAGUGGGAGGCUACGCGCUGACGUCGCUGUUCCUGCUCCGCUUUCCGAACCUCCUGCACCGCAAGAAACAGCUCAAGUUCUGCUGUAAACACAUCAGCCACAGAGGAGGUAUGGCUGAAGGUUUGGAGAACACUAUGGGAACAUUCCAACAUGCCGUAGACCUUGGUACAGACAUGUUGGAGCUGGAUGUUCAGCUGUCUCAGGACGGGAUGGUGGUCGUGUCUCACGAUAACGACAUCAAGCGCACCACCGGCGUAGACGUGAAGAUAUCAGACACCAAGUUUGCAGACCUACCUCUCCUGCGUACAAAUCAGGAAGUGUCAUUCCUCAAUGGUCUCCCAGUCUGUUUCCCAGAUGCCUCAGACCGCAGUUUCUGCCUACUACAAGAUGUCUUUGAGAAGUUCCCAGGAGUGGUCAUCAAUGUAGACAUUAAAAACGACGAUGAUGAACUUAUUGCAAAGGUCGGAGACUUGAUUCAUGAGUACAAGAGGGAGGCUAUAACCGUCUGCGGCAGUCGACUAGACACUGUCGCUCGCAAGUUUCACAAGCAGAACCCAGACAUCCCCCUGUUCUUCAGUGCCAAGAGAGUUGUACAGCUGGUGUUGCUGUUCUACAGUGGUCUUCUACCUUUCAUUCCACUCAAGGAGUCUUGCCUUGAAGUGAUCAUGCCCAGUAUCCUUUGGGGAGAACGUUGGGCUGACACAGUACCUACCAAAUACAAGGUGUUAGCACGCAUUGUUGACUUCUUACUGAUGAGCAAAGUUAUGAUUCGUCACCUGGACAGACGCGGGAUCCACACGUACCUCUGGGUCAUCAACAACGACACGGACUUCGAGCGUGCGUUCAGCCUGGGCGCCAAAGGGGUGAUGACAGACUACCCAACUCAACUCAGACACUUCUUAGACCAACGGGAAGCUAUAGACAAGAAAUAGUCACAUCAUACCACUAUUCCAAUACACUCCUAACUUUCCAUCUUGUUUAUUCCAAGGAUCAGUUUAUAACAGAUAUCUAUUGUACAAAAUGAACAGAAAAUCAUGCACAAGGCACGCAAAAGAACCAUUUUGAGAGGUGAUUUAGUUAAUCUUAGAUAGAUGUCUGGCUGUUGCAUGUUCAUGUCAAUCAACAAUAUCCAGUCUCUCUCAUUGGUCAAUCACUAAAAUUAAGUACAGCAUGCUGCUAGUCACAUCUGUUGUCAGUGCAAUGGAAGAAAUGUGGACAAGAAAGUUGACAGAAAAUUAGUGCACAAUAGCAGAAAGAAAUUAUAACAUUGAAAAACUGCUUAUGUCUACCUCUUUUAGUUCACUGUAGAAAUAAACGCACACUCCAGAAUACUGUGUGAUGAUGUUAUAAUGUUGAUACAUAGUACAUGUACCUGUAUAUAUAUAGUAGCUGAUAGUCAUGCAUAGAUAGUUAUGGUAGCAGUUACUAUGUAAUACUGUAAGUGUUGAUAAAUACAUGUACAUUCAUUAUAUUACAGACCCCUUUUAUGGCACUUCUGUGAGUCCUUUUCUUCCUUCCCCCUUUUUUGUUUUAUAUGUAUUUGUACUCAUUUUGUAAUAUUUCAAGUGAUCAAUAGUGCUGGUCACUAGCCCAUCUCAUAUGUUCAUCAAGAAUGACUUUUUGAAUGGUGCAUAAAGGAUUAUAAUGCAGUAUUCUAUUCAAUUCCUAAAAUACAUGUUUAAGGAAAUAAAGAGGUUUUAUUGUAUA